AUGUUUCGUAACGCACUGAGAGCUACCUGCAGAGUUUUGCGUCAGUCUGAAGAGGUCAUCGAGCGUUGUGCUGCUAAGGCUGACAAUGCAAACAAGUUCACAGAAAUGUACUCUCUUCACAGAACGGUUUUACCGAUGAAGUCUAAAUCUCCUGUGAUUGACCCCACUGCUUUUGUUGCCACGAACGCUUCUGUCAUUGGAGAUGUCGAGAUUUCCACAGGAUCGGCUGUUUGGUAUGGUUCGGUCGUGAGAGGCGACAGCAACUAUGUGCGGAUUGGAACGGAGAGCCACAUCCAAGACAGAACGGUUGUGUCCGGUGUCAGCGCUUCUAGCACUGGUUUGCCUGGUUCUGUGUCCAUCGGAAACAACGUGGUUGUCGGUUAUGGAUCCGUGCUGAGCGGCUGCCGUAUUGAUGAUAACUGCAGAAUUGGAGCUGGCUGCCGCAUCUUGGAGGGAGCGCAUCUGGAGGCUAAUUCUUGCCUCGCUCCUGGUUCGGUCGUGGAGCAGGGAAAGCACAUUCCCAGCGGCGAGUACUGGGCCGGAAACCCCGCGAAGUACGUGCGCAAGGUGGGUGAGCACGAGAAGGAGGAGAACUUGCAGUACUCCCGCGACUGCACCGAGUUGAGCGAGAAGCACGCCGCCGAGUUCCUCCCCUACGGCACGCUGUAUAGACAGGACAAUUAAGAAGAGAAGAGACAUUACCCCUAACAACAAUUCACUUUU